GUUAGUUUGGCGCCUGGGACCGGUGCUGCCGAGUGAGCUUGCUUGUCACUUUAUCGUUGGGGGGGAAGGAGAAGAACCGGCGGAAGAGGAGGCCCGGCAGAGGAGACAGGCACUCAUACGGUAAUUCCCGCUUGUCCCGUGUGCUGGCUGGAGUGGGCUAUACUAUGGGCCCUGGGAUAAUCAUGGGCCAGACGGGCAAAAAAUCAGAGAAAGGACCGGUUUGCUGGAGGAAGCGGGUGAAAUCCGAGUAUAUGCGUCUGCGGCAGCUUAAGCGUUUCAGACGAGCGGAUGAAGUAAAGGGCAUGUUUAAUUCAAACCGUCAAAAAAUCCUAGAACGAACUGAAAUUUUAAACCAAGAAUGGAAGCAGCGAAGGAUCCAGCCUGUCCACAUUAUGACCUCGGUCAGCUCUCUGCGAGGGACUAGAGAGUGCUCUGUGACUAGUGAUUUUGAUUUUCCAAAACAAGUCAUCCCUCUUAAAACACUUAACGCUGUAGCCUCUGUGCCCAUCAUGUAUUCAUGGUCUACCCUCCAGCAAAAUUUUAUGGUAGAAGAUGAAACGGUGCUGCAUAACAUUCCUUACAUGGGAGAUGAGGUACUGGAUCAGGAUGGGACAUUUAUUGAAGAACUAAUUAAGAACUAUGAUGGAAAGGUUCAUGGAGACAGGGAGUGCGGCUUUAUCAAUGAUGAAAUAUUUGUAGAGCUGGUGAACGCACUCAGUCAGUACAGCGAUUAUGAAGAUGAUGAUGACGGAGAGGACAAUCAGGAUGACGAACAUGAGGACAAAGAAAAGGAUGAUGAUGAUGACAGUAUGGAUGACAAGGUGGCUCGUCUGCCACGGAAAUUUCCUUCAGAUAAAAUCUUUGAAGCAAUAUCGUCCAUGUUUCCUGAUAAGGGAACAACCGAGGAAUUAAAAGAAAAAUACAAAGAAUUAACAGAGCAACAGUUGCCAGGAGCUCUACCUCCAGAAUGCACUCCAAAUAUCGAUGGACCAAAUGCAAAGUCUGUGCAAAGGGAGCAGAGCCUACAUUCAUUUCACACCUUGUUCUGUAGGCGAUGUUUCAAGUAUGACUGCUUUUUACAUCCUUUUCAUGCCACUCCCAAUACGUACAAAAGAAAAAAUAACGAAGGUGCAAACGAUGGGAAACCUUGUGGACCCAACUGUUACCAACUUUUGGAGGGAGCAAGAGAAUUUGCUGCUGCAUUAACAGCAGAGAGGAUAAAAACACCACCCAAGCGUCCUGGUGGUCGCCGAAGAGGUAGACUUCCUAAUAGCACCAGCAGGCCUAGCACACCAACAGUUAACGUUUCAGAAGCAAAAGACACAGAUAGUGACAGGGAGGCUGGAACUGAAACCAGUGGAGAGAGCAAUGAUAAAGAAGAAGAAGAAAAGAAAGACGAGACCUCAAGCUCCUCUGAAGCAAACUCUCGUUGCCAAACACCAGUCAAAAUAAAGCCAAAUAUCGAGGCCCCAGAAAACGUCGAUUGGAGUGGAGCAGAAGCCUCACUGUUUAGAGUUCUCAUUGGCACCUACUAUGACAACUUCUGUGCAAUUGCAAGGUUGAUUGGUUCAAAGACGUGUCGACAGGUGUAUGAGUUCAGGGUAAAGGAAUCUAAUAUUAUUGCUCCAGUUCUUGCUGAGGAUGUAGAUACACCGCCAAGGAAGAAGAAACGGAAACACAGGUUGUGGGCCGCUCACUGCAGGAAGAUCCAGUUGAAAAAAGAUGGUUCCUCUAAUCACGUUUACAAUUAUCAGCCUUGUGACCACCCUCGCCAGCCCUGCGAUGGCUCUUGCCCCUGUGUGAUUGCACAGAAUUUCUGUGAGAAGUUCUGUCAGUGCAGCUCUGAGUGCCAAAACAGGUUCCCAGGAUGUCGUUGUAAAGCACAGUGUAACACCAAGCAAUGCCCAUGUUACCUCGCUGUGCGGGAGUGUGACCCGGACUUGUGUCUGACCUGCGGUGCUGCUGAUCACUGGGACAGCAAAAAUGUGUCGUGCAAGAAUUGCAGCAUUCAGCGAGGAUCCAAAAAGCAUUUGCUUUUGGCACCCUCUGAUGUGGCCGGAUGGGGAAUCUUCAUCAAAGAUCCUGUACAGAAGAAUGAGUUUAUCUCAGAGUACUGUGGAGAGAUCAUAUCUCAGGAUGAAGCAGAUCGAAGGGGGAAAGUAUAUGAUAAAUACAUGUGCAGCUUCCUCUUUAACUUGAACAAUGAUUUUGUAGUUGAUGCAACUCGCAAAGGCAACAAAAUUCGUUUUGCAAACCACUCUGUGAAUCCAAACUGCUAUGCAAAAGUAAUGAUGGUUAAUGGAGACCAUAGAAUAGGCAUAUUUGCUAAAAGAGCCAUCCAGACGGGUGAAGAACUGUUCUUUGAUUACAGAUAUAGCCAAGCUGAUGCUCUGAAAUAUGUGGGUAUUGAGAGAGAAAUGGAAAUCCCCUGAUGGACCAGCUACCUCUUCUUGCAGCCCAUGCCUUAUCUUCUUCAGGAAUUUUUAAUACUGGCGCAAUUUUUAGCUACAAAGAAUACAAAAUGCGAGUGGAAGUUCUGAAUUUAAUGAGUACUGUAUAACUAAUUUAUAGUGAUGUCAAAAACAAUUUAUUCUUUAUUUUUUUUUUUUUGUACCAGUGAAUUUUUGGCAAUAAUGUAUUGUGGUACAUCUCCCACCUCAAAUAAAAUAUACUUGAACUUCUCUA